AUGAAGUGCAUUCUAUUGAUGGGAGCUUGUGUUGGCAUUCUAGCCUUUGCCACAUUAUCGGUAGCUCAACCACCACGAGUUUAUGGAGAAAAUUUACCAUAUUAUUCACCACCUAUUCAGGCAGAAAGUCCUCUAAGAGUUCGUCGUUCUCCUGAUAAUCCCUCAACAAGCAAUGGCGUCUCAAUUAAAACCAAUUCGGUUAGCAGUAAUAUAUUCAGCAGUCCUUCGAACAAUGUGGAUGGCACUGUAACCCAAAGUAAAACCUAUUUCCCCAAUGGUGAAUUUUCUGAAUCUUCAUCGGGUUCUUUGGAUUGGAAGAAUUCCCUCGGGGUUGGUGGAUCUUUGAGUCGUGACAUUAACACGGGUGUCAGUGACAGUUUCACUAAGUCAGUGGGAUACAAUAUUUUCAAUAAUGAUCGCAAUAGCGUGGAUGCCCUUUAUUCACAUACCAAUACAAAACUGAACAAUGGUUUUGGUUUCAACAAGGAAAGUGGUACCCUAAAAUGGACUAAUGAAGGAGGACACGGUUUGAGUGGUGGUGUAUCGCGAUUUGAAGGUUUUGGUAAACAAGCAUCCGUGACUGGUCAUACAAACCUAUUUAAAUCUGAUGAUGGCAAUACUCGCAUAGAUGCUUUUGGUUCUGGUUCGAAAUGGUUAAGUGGCCCACUGCAAAAUCAACGAGACUAUAAUUUUGGUAUUGGUGGAAGUCAUUAUUUCCGUGGUUAA